AUGAAGGACAGACUCGACGGGGCUGGCGAGCGGCGGCCCGGCAGAAGGGGCCUCAGCGUCCGGCGAGGGGCGGCGGCAGCGGGGACUGCUGAGAGCCGCUACCCCCGCGUACCGGUGUGGUGCGAGCCGUGCCCCUCCGGGCUGCCCAGGGGCAUGACACCGCGGCCGGCAGCUGCGGGUCCGCCCCGCGCCCCUCCGCGCUGCUCCGCGCCGCUCCGCCGGGCUCCGCGGCGGGAUCGGGGGCUCGAGCCGGGCCCGGAUGGGAUGGGGGGGGGGGUGUCUGUCAGCAGCCGGCGGCUGUCACCAGACGGGCAGCGCAAGCCCCUGGCAGAGCGCGCAGCAUCUCCAUCGCAGUGCGCCCACCUCGCGGAGAGGAGAGAGAGAGGGGGGAGAAUUGCUGCAUUUCUGGGGGAGGUACCAGCGCCCCGGCCAAGCCCGGCCCCCCCGCACCCUCCUCCCCCGCCGGGCCAGCAGCGCCGCAGCGCAGACCCCCCUCUCCUGCGCCUCAGCUCCUGCGCUGCCCUCCCUUGCCCCACGCUUAGCCCUACACCCCACGACAGCGUCGCGAGCCCCUUCCCCACGGCGAAACAAAGGGUCCCCAUUAACGAGGCGGACAGACGGCUCGGCUCCGGCUCCUAA